AUGAAUCCACAUAACACUGCUUUUGCUAUGCUGAUGAUUAUUUUACACUCUGUCGAUAGAUUAGUCUCAUCCAGCUCUGAUUUGUAUGUAAAGCGGUUGAUCGGUAGGAAAUCUGGUGGUCCGGCGGUCCAGUCAGAUAUGAAGCAUUGA